UGAAUAAAUACGAUACCAUUCAAAAUUUGAUUUCAAAAUACUACGUAGUACAAGAUUCAACAUGGCCGACAAACGAGGACCAAUAGAAAGACGCCCUUUUACGUUCAUUUACGGAACACUACGCAUAGCCAAUAAGACCAUGCCUUUGUCCAAUCAGUUCGUACAAACAGUUCUUACGACUAAGAAGUAUUAACAGAGUAAAAAACAUGUACUACCUCGAUGUAAGAAAUAUUUUUUUUCUCAAAUUUGUGACUAACUUCCAUAGUCUGUUUGUCUAUAUCUUUAAAUGUGUGCGUGAGACCACUCAGCUGUUAGUUGUAUGAGUAUAUGACAGGAGAUGUUCUGGUCAUAACAAUUCGCGUGUGGUGUAUAUUGUCAAAACGAGACGAUUUGUUAUAUUCAUCGUGCAAUUAAAUUUAGUCUUGUGACAAGUAACUAAAGAAAGUUAUGCUCUUGUAAAAAGAAAUGAGGACUGCGUUUGGUACGUCUCAUAUUGCUUUGCUAAUUGUUUUCUAAUACGACAUCGGACUCGAAGUCGAAUGAGAAGCAGUGAUAAAGGAGGAAUCGUUGAUAGGAACUUGAUUGCACAUCAAAAUGGGAAAUUGUCUGAAACGCGCGGGAGGCACUCAACAGGACAAUACCACUUUGCUCAGCAGCAAUCCCGAUCCUUCGAUGAUCGGAAGUUCUUCUCAAGAAGUACUUGGAUCUCAAAUACCUUAUAAUGAAAUUAUGGGAUCUUAUUAUCCAGCAGUAGCAACAAGAGAGCAUCGUUUACAAUCUAAUUUAAAUGUUUCACGUGGAAUAGGAGUUAAUUUAGGACUUGGCGUUACACCUGGUAGUAUAAGCGAAGAAGAGCAGCAGGUACGAAUUGCAAAGCGUAUAGGACUUAUACAACAUUUGCCCAUGCGGCAAUAUGAUGGUACGAAGAAAGGAGAAUGUGUGAUAUGCAUGAUGGAGCUUAUGAUAGGAGAAGAAGUACGCUAUCUACCUUGUAUGCAUACUUAUCAUGCAGUGUGUAUCGACGAUUGGUUACUUCGUUCACUCACUUGUCCGUCAUGCAUGGAACCGGUAGAUGCUGCUCUCAUUAGUUCGUAUCAUCCUACUACCUAAUAUCACAAAAAAUCUACUGGAAUAGUUGGUCGGAAAUCCGAUUAAACUAACAGGCUAAGCAAAGUGACUUGAAGAAUUGCUAAUUUUAUCAUUACAUACAAAUGCUUGAUUAUGGAAAGACUACUCGAUUAAAGGCUAAUUAUAUUUACUAUUGUAUAUGAUAUGAUACAUAUAUAUAUGCGCCUGUGCUAAUUGAUAAGUAUAACAGUGAAAUAUUUGAAUUAUGAGUAUCCUUUAUAUGAUACUUCCUUGUUAUAAAUCAAGUAUUAUAUUUGAGUUGGAAGAAAAUAAUAAGUUUUAUUUCUGUAAUAGAAAUGCAAUACCAACAUGAUCUCUUUCUUGUAAACUAUCAUGUAUGUAUUAUUUUGUAGGAAUAUAUAAUAUUCUUAUUAUUUUGUGGCCUGAGUAAACUCAAAUCAAGCAUAUAAAUAACAUGAAAAUACAAUUUAAUUAUGUAGACAUAGAUCUACGUCAUGUUAAAGUAGUCGAGACAUGGUAGGAAAAAGUGUAUGCAGUUGUGGUAAACAUAAACAAUAGGGGACUAUAUAAUAAAUAUAGUUGAUUCUUCCUUUUUUUUUCAUAAUGUUAUCUAUAUUUUUUCAUUACUUCUUAUGUGUAAUUUUAACUUAUAUUGAAAAGUAUUGAAAUGUAGAUAAUUUAUAAUUUUGAAAAAGUAAGCAUAAAUCCUACAGAUUGUAAUUUACUUUUGAUUUGUUGCAUAAUCCCCAAUUGUUGAGAAGUAUGCAGUAGCUCAUUCGUAUUCAAGCAUAAUCUGACAUCUAAUCAGGAUUGAUUGUUAAGCUUUUAAAAGAUUAGUUAUCUAAAUAUGAAAUGCAUAAUGUGAUCUAGUAAAUUAUAAGUGUAAGGGUGCGAAACAUCGAUGGAAUCUAUAUUUUCAUAAUGAACUUGACUUGUAAGCAUUUCAAUUAUUCUAUUAACUUGAAAUCUUUGGUGCAUUUUUUUCUUAUAUUUCAUAAGAAUAUCAAUAAUUGCACUAUUAUUAUGUAAUGAAACAUUACACAAAAUUCAUACAAUCGCACAUUGCAUUGCAUCAACAUUGUUAAUGCUUCCUCUAACAGAGACAAAACUAAGAAUGAUACAAUAAUUAAAAUGUAUCUUUAACUUGUAUUAAUGGUUUAUCGUAUUAAACUUGUUGCUGCAACUACAGUUUAAUGAAAUACUCUGCAUUAUAUAUGAGAUGGCUGCAAAUGAAACAUUCACAAAGAAUUGUAUAAAUUAAAUUUCGUAAUAUCAAGAAAAUACAUAUGGUUGCGGUGAUUAUUUUUCUAUUGUUGAAUUUGAGAUCUAGAUUUACAUAACACACAUUUUAUAGAAUAUCUUUUAGCUUCAAGACAAAUCAAACA